AUGAGCGGCCGCGGAGCUGGGGGGCAGCGCUGCCAGCUGAUACUGCAGCGCUGCCUCGCCAUCCAUCUCACCAAGCCUGGCAACGCGCCAGAUGACUUCUGGAUGUACGACUCCGGGUAUCUGCUAUUCCAGAGUUUUCUGGCUGCGAACGCGAAAUGUUGGUGGGCUGGCGCUUUAGCAGCUGCGACGGCAGAACUUCGAUAUGCUGGUUACGUGGCCCCGGGGGUUCUACUAGUAGGAGGAGCUCCGAGGGCCCUCGAGACGGUCCGAGGGGCAUACUCUAGAUCCGUACUGAAACCGCCUCCGACUUAUCUCAUAUGCGGCCUGGGGGACAUCGAAGACUGUAUCGUGACGCCGACCUACCAGGGCCAGUUCACGCCGCUGCCGGAGGCGCUCUGCGACUGCAUCAUGGACCUCACGACGCAGGGUCAGUCAGCAACAUUAGAGAGUAUAAGGACCUCCUUAUCCUCCAAGUUCCCGUCGAUGCAGACGCCAUCUCAAGAGGUGGUGUAUGAUACACUGGCUCAGCUGAUGCAGGAAAGGAAGAUAUACCAGACAUCGAGAGGAUUCUUCAUUGUUACACCAGAACGUCGUCGUUCCCGUUCCCGUUCGUCAUCCCGUCAUCACUCCACUGAAGAUGAGUGCAGCAGUCCUCGUACUAUGCUCAUGUCAGACCAGGAGGCGCUGCAUCAGUUGUAUGGAGAGAUCACCACAGUCAGGGAUGGAGCCGUCACUCAUCAAUGUGUUCAGACGAACCUCGCGGAUGUUAUAUGUGGAGGUAAUCCAAACGACAAAGUCCUAUACGGUCGACCCAACAAGCGUCGCAGCGCCUCGUUCCCAGCGCCACGCUCCCUCGACCGGCGCCACUCACUUCGUAUCUUCGGUUCAUCCAGCAAGUACUUGCAGCGAUGCGCUUCCACACGUAGUUUGCACCACAAGCACAAUACGACAGAUAGCUCGUCAUCCACCGACUACCCACCCAGUGUAGAAUCUGCGUCGCCUAAGAAAGUGUCGUUGCUCUCCCGCUUAUUCAGACGAAGCGGCCGCAGCAAGCAGACCCGCGCGAUGAGCACCUUCUCUGCGCAGUUCCCGCCCACUGAGUGGUUCAACUCCAAGGCGGUGCAUCUACACUGUGUCGCGACACAAACUGACUCUAAGGAGUCCCUGCAGAGCCAAACAUCAUUCGUUUCAUCGUAUUAUGACGGUUCAGAAAUCAGCAACCGAUCGUCGACAUUACCAAGACGACACAAGAGACAUCUUUCGACCGAAUCAGGUCUAGCGACGUCCAUGCAAUACGACCACUCGCCCGUGAGGCAGUCGAGCCCCAGUUCAGGUAGUCUCCCGAGGUCGACACUGAGUAGGAGCUCCACGAACAAAACUAUAUUGGACCAUUUUGGAUCACCUCAACGAAACAGCGAACCAAAAUUAAGAGACAGUCCAAAUGGAAGUUUACGGCGUGUGGAUUAUUCAGAUAACUUAAUGUCUACUAGUGGCCCUUCAAGCUUGGAGAGCAACACUCACAGAACACCACGUAAAGAUUAUAGAAAUGGACAAUCGGAUCUAAAUUCACCUAUGAAAAGAGGCUAUCACACGAGCGGUAGCAGUGGACAUUCAAGCUUAGAAUCACAUAUAUCAGAUCGCACUUUGAAACCUUCACCUAGUCAUACUAACGGGAACGCUGGUCUUAGCAGAGCACAAUCACUAGUUAAAGUCCAAAGCCUUCAAAGUUCACCUAAAAGUCUGCACAAGUAUAGAACUAAACCGCCAAUUGUUGGAGGCGAAACGGUUAAAAACGGUAAGAGCACAUCCCCGAGAACUUCACCAAAAAAUUGUCCAAAUACUCCCAAAAAAACCGCUACUCCUUUACAUAACAAAACUCUUGGAUCCAAAGUCGAGAACCCCGCUACCGCAAUGCUUGCUAGUUCUAAUUCAAAUAAUUCCAUCACAUUGAAAGUAACGACAAACACAAUGUCACAAAACGGCGGAACUAACACCAAAGUCUAUGUUCAAAACUCACCUGUUCGUUCCGUAAUUACUUUUGAAAACGGUAAAAUUACUGAGACAAGUAACGGCAGCAACAUAUAUAUAAUUAAUGAUGAUAGACAAGUUGUGUCCGUCUCCCAAAAUGGAGUGUCUAACCAAACGACAAAAAAUCCCACGGAAACAUCUUUUGAUGUAUGCGUUGAAAAGAAGAAACAGUUGUACCAAGAACCAGAUAAAGAAAAAGUACAAGAAAAUAAAUUCAAUAAAAAUUCUAUCAACGACACGCGAAUGAAUAACAACAGAAAAUUAUCUUUACAGAUAGGAGGUGUUGCGAACAAUAACAGUUUCAUUUACAAAAAUCAGUUAAACAAUACAAAUGACGUAGCCUCAAAUCCUUCUUCGCCAGCGAUUCAUAACAACAUUCAUAAUAUAGAAGCGAGUGCUACCAGCAAUCCUUCCACGCCAACUAAGACCUAUGACAAUGUCAUUGGAUCAUUAGGCAAUCUGAGAUAUCAAAAGAAUUCAUUAACAACGACGCACGGAGGAAUACAUCCGAAUUUGAAUACGAAUAGCGACCUCAAAAGCGUCGACUUGCUAAAAAAAGCAGCAGCUUUGCAAAUGUUGAAUGGGCUUCCAAAUAUUCAUAACAGAAUGAGCUCAGAAUCUAUAGCUAAUCUAUUAUCGAAAGGCAUCGAUCAGAAACCGACAGUUCUGGGUUCUGAACCCAAUCUGGCACUAAAAAACCAAGAAGUGAAUAAAGAUAUAAACAUUUCAUCUGAAAAGAUUCACAGCUUGGAAAAUAAACAGAAGCGAUACAGCCUGAGUCAGGAUGGCAAGAAGGAACACCAAGAUUUUUAUAACUUUCCAAGCCUAAGCGACUUGAGCUUUAAUUUUACUAGUUUAGCUGCACAAAAGAUUUUGAAGGGGGUCAGUAUAAAUAGCGUAGAUACGUUGGUAGAACUGAACAUGGCCGCCAACAAUACAGAGAAGCAAAACAAUCGUGAUGUAGCUGCAGUAUGCACGGACUUCGGCCUUGUAUAG